AUGACGAGCGUGGCGCCGGCCGUGGCGGCCAUGGUAAACGGGAAGAAGACCAGAAACAAGGAGGGGAUCGUGGGCGCAGAGAUCAAGAACGUGGAGGACGAGGAUCCGACCGGACCCGCCGUCGACGGGAGCAGCAUUUGCGUGCUGCACAACGCUUAA